UGUGAAAUCAGUGAUUGAAAUCAAACUUUAAUGCUUCUCUUCUCAUUUUUAGCUUAUGAGACUUUAGUCUGGAUUUCACAGACAGGCUUAUAAUGGUGAAGUUAACAUUAAGAAUAAUAAAUGCUGUAAAAGUAUUGUUCAUUAAUGUUAACUAUCUAAGCCUGUAGUUAACUAAUGCACUUUAUUGUAAAGUGGUGAUGGAAUAAUAAUUUUAUGCAUGGUGCUAGCAAUGCCAAAAAUCAUGAGUUUUAUUCCCAAGUCAUGCAUGUGCUAAUAAAAUAAAUUUUCUCUCCAGAUGCGCGCAAAAUGGCCAGCCAGAACUUCAGCCAAGAACAGAUGCAACUGAUCCAAAUCGACCCUGUCCGGAGGAACAUUUCACUGGCGCUGACCCAGAUCUUUGUAUGGCCCUUCAUCUACCUGACCUUCUUCAUGUUGUUAACUUUCACCAGGAAAGAGGCAUUCAGAACAGAGACGCGUUAUAUACUAUUCGGCCACUCUCUGCUAGUGGACCUGUUGUUUCUUUUUGUGACAGAUAUAAUAGUCGUGCUGUCAUACAACAUUAUUUUGAUCCCGCUGCGCUUUUGCAUACCUGUGUGCAUGCUUAUGGAUACCGUGACCGCGUGCGCGCCACUGACCAUCGCAGCCAUGUGUCUGGAGCGCUACGUGGCCAUAUGCAUGCCGCUGCGCCACCACGCGAUCUCCACGUCGAGACGCGCGCUCAUGGUGAUCCUCGUCAUCUGGAUCCUGAGCGUCAUAAACCCGUUUGUUGACAUGUUCAUCCUCAUCAGCACCGCGUCGCGUGAAUACCUGUCGCAGCUUACGCACUGUCAUUAUGAGAUCAUGUUACCUGAUGAGAUAAGGCGCUUUUCUAGGGGUGUCCUGUUUAUCGUGGGCCUCUUUGUGAUCCUCAUUAUUGAGGUUGCUUGCUACGUCAUGAUAUUCCUCGCCGCUCGUGCGGCCUCGAAUGACAAGAAAUCGGCGUCAAAGGGCCACCGCACGAUUUCCCUGCACAUCCUUCAGCUUUUCUUGUGCUCUGCUGAGGUUGUGUGUCCUUAUAUUGAGAAUGUAGUGAUGUAUUAUGACAUUCAAUCCUAUCUGACUGUCCGUUUUAUUAACUUUCUGGUAUUCAGUAUCACUUCCAGAGCAGUGAGUCCUAUUGUUUAUGGGUUUAGAGAUGAGAAAUUCAAUGCAGCUAUGGUUUACUACAUGAGAUGCAGAAUAGGCCCAAAUGUUGUAUCUUCGGGCACAGAGAAACAAACAUGAUUUUCUUGUGGUAAAUGCAAAAUGGACUGUUCAGCCAAAUGUGUAUGUACUGUAACAGAUCAGAGUGUCCAUCAUAACAGGCAUGAUUUUAAGUCAUAAUAUGUGUUAAGCAAGCUUAAUUUUAUAUUCUACAUGAAUAAUACAUAUACCUAUCCUGAGCUUUUGUAUUACAGUUCAGGCUUGGUAAUAUGGGUCUCACAUUUAGUAAAGGGUGACCUCUGUUGGCUUGACUGAGCACGACAGGCAAAAUGAUACACUGUUUCCUUUGCAAUGACUGGUAUGUUUUAAAUCAAUGUAAAAUGUAAUAAUUUCUUUGAACAAAAAAGGGGAAAAUGUAAAAAAAAUGUUUUGCAAUUUGAAACUGAUAAUAGUGGGCUCAUCAAAGGCCAACCAAUUUAUUAGCAAUUGUAUUUAGCAAAUAAAAUGUAAUUGUGUUGAAUGUAUUUUCAGAACAUAAUGAAUAUGAAGUAGGUCUAUCUCUUUCUGUCAUAUAUAUUUACUACACAACAUGCUUAAAACUUGACACAUUUUUUGUUUUAUAAUGUGUUAAACAAGUCAUUUUUAGGCCUAAUCAGAAUUUCUCAUGUUGCAAAUGUAAUAUUAUUACUACUACUGAUUAUCAAAAUAAACAUAAAUAUAAUAAUAAUAAUAAUGUUACUAGGAAAAGUUCAUAAGAAGAACUAAGACUUUGCUAAAUUAUUUUUUACAUACUUUACACAUGCAUGCUUUACGUAAUUGUAAAGGACUGACAGAGGUCUGUGCUAUAUAGGCCUAUAAACAUACAUUGUCUCAUAUUUAUGGGUUUAAAAAAUGAUGCCAUUUAUAAUCUACAGAAAAAUAAUACACCAUUCAUAUAAAUUCCUGGGUCUUGAGGUCUUUGUAAUACAAGAAGUACAAAUAUUUAAAGAUACAAAGUAGUUACCAAGACAUAUUGUAAACAUGUUUAGUUCUUACGUAAAUUAAUACAUCUUUAUUUAGUUUUUUCAUUAUUUUGCUUUAAGUUGUAUGCUAUAACAAAGUAAGAAGAAAAUACUAAAAACAAUAAAAGCAAUAUUUCACUCUUAAAUUUAAAUACUCUGCAUUCCUUACAUUGCAAAAAUAAAGCAGGAUUGACAUAUAUGCGGUUAAAUGUAUGAGGCAACUUCAAUGACUCAGUGCUGCAUACCAUUUCUUUAAAGGUAAUGAUUUGCUGAACAAUUUUAAUUCGGAUACAAUAAUGGAGAGUAAACAUGGAGAUCCAAUAGAUGAGAUGCAAAACAAACUAUAUCAUCUGAGAAAGGUAAAUAAACAUGCUUAUCUUAUGGUAUAGAUGAUAUGGCCGGUUCAGUCAAAAUGAAAUGCAACAGACUGAAGAGUGUGCAUUAGACUACAGCAGGCCUAUAUCAUUACAUUUCCUAUGUAAGAUGAUUUUCUUAAAUUGUGAUUUAUUAAAUGCAUUUUCCCACCCAACAUAAC